UUCCUCUGCUUCACCGGCUAGAAUUUGGAGGGAAGUCAAAAUGUAGCAAGGAAUUAUACCUAUUUUUUUUUUUAAUCCUAAAAAUAAGGCGUAAAAAGGAACAUUUACUUUGUAAUUAACUAUGGCACCACCAAAAUCAAGGAAGAUCGUCAUCAUGGGCUUUCGCUCUGUUGGGAAAUCUUCGAUCACAAUCCAGUUAGUGGAAGGGCAAUUCGUGGAUUCCUAUGAUCCAACAAUUGAGAAUACUUUUACAACGAAAGUAAAGCAUAACAGUCAAGAAUACGUGUUGGAGCUUGUCGACACGGCAGGCCAGGAUGAGUAUUCUAUUUUCCCUCAGUCCUACUCAGUUGGAAUUCAUGGUUACGUGCUUGUAUAUGCUGUAACAUCACCAAAAAGUUUUGAAGUUGUCAAGGUUAUUCAUGAAAAGCUACUGGAUAUGUCAGGCCAAGAUUAUGUGCCAAUGGUCCUUGUUGGAAACAAAACUGAUUUACAUAUGGAAAGAAAAGUCCCAACUGAAAAUGGAAAAUCCCUUGCUGAUUCCUGGAAGGCAGCUUUCUUUGAAUCAUCAGCUAAGGAAAACAGUAGUGUCCAUGAAAUUUUCCGGAUGGUCAUUCGGGAAAUAGAAAAGCAUGACAAAGAUGGGAAUGUAGACAAGAAAGAGGAUUGUACCAUUUUAUGACCACCGUCCCCACCCAUACAGCAAGCUACCAUGGAACCUAAAUUAUAUUUUAUGAUAUGAAAACUUUUCCUUUCUACUCUACUCUAUGCUGAUCUAAGAAAUUUAUUUUCCCCUGUAGAACUGAUUUUAAUGAAAUCUCUCCUAAAUGAUGAAUAUGAUUUGUAUCACCUGGGGCUAUAAGAGUUAGUGAAUGUGCAUUGUAAAUUUCUGGUUUCAGAAUCUUCUACAUCCCAGUUUAAAGUCAUGUAAGCCCUCUGUGUGUUUUAAGAGUGGCAGUGUCUUGUUUUUUCUUGUUUCUUUCAUUUGGCUUUUGCUGUUAUCCUGGUAGCAGUGUUUAAUGAACUCAUUUCUAAUUGUUAGAUAUAAAAGCAUUUGCCUGUUCUUUUCUUUGGUUACCUAGUGAAUGCCUUUGCAUUUUUCUCGAUUCUUUCUAAAUACAACAAUUAUAAUAACAAUGGAUGAGGAGUGUACUUCAGAUCAGGACAAUAUAUUUUUAACAACAAUUACUUUAAUAUAUGGCUGAACCUUGUUCAAAGAGAUUGUGCAGUAGUUUAAAUGCGCAUUUGCAAAAUUUCAUAGUUAAAACUGUGAUUUCUUUUUGUGUGUGUGUGUGUAUCAGGUCUGAUCACAAAAGAUGAUUGUGUGUGUUUUUAACAUUCUUUGAUGGUCUGGUAGAUUUGUCAUGAAUAAUUGUCAAAUCACAUAUACUCUAUGCUGUUUAGGCUCACUGAUUUUUAAACUUUUGUACAUGCACCAAAGCUAACUACAAACUUUAGGCCUGAGUUGUGCAAAGCUAUCAGCCACCAUCUUUGGAAAGGAACCUGUGUUUCUCCCCUCUAAGUGUACAGCUACUCUUCUUGGGGAGGAUAGCAAACUCCACCCUAAAGAACAGGUGCACUUAGGCCCAUUGCAACCCAGGAUUAGGGUAACAUAGUUUAGGAACCACAUAGUCCUCAAUGUUUAAUACCUUAUUGACAAGUUGUAAUGUGGUGUGUGAUCUUUGGUGCAUAGGUUUGAGCAAAAAAUUGUCAAAAAUAAUAGUUUCUUGCAAAUGGUAAAAGGGAAGUAGUGUACCUACUCUGUAGCAUAUAUAGCAUGUGCAAAUUAUGAGGGUAAAUUGUUAAAAUUGUUUGUUUCUUCAAAUUUCAUGUAGGGGGCAAAUAUACAAAAAUGAUUUUUAAUUAGUAAAAUUGCUUCUUUGUAAUUAUGCCUAAAAUGUAAUGCACUCAUUCAUUUGAUUCAUUCAUAAUUUUUCUUGUCAAAAUCAGUGUUUUAAAGCUGUAAAACAUUUGUUUGGUGGAUUUACCUGAUGUUAAUUGGACCUUGAUCAAGGUCCAAAAAUGUCACCCUGAAGCACAGUUGUAGUGUUUUUUUUUCUUAGUUAUUUCAGACCUAAUUGUUUUAAAAGUUAUGUUAGAAAAUAAAAUUUAACAGUAUUAUUGUGCUUGUUCUUGUCAUCAUCUCACUUGUUUGAACUCUGUUUAAUUUUU